AUGCACACGCAAGAACUGGUCUCAUCCUCUUACAAGAUAGUGAGUCUACCCAGCUCCACUUCAUCAUCUUUCCAAAACUACACCACCUCAGAAGCCUUUUGCAGAAAUAUUGGACUCGUCUCCAUUGAAGAACAGCGUAAGAUUGAAUCGACUCGAGUCGCCGUUGCAGGUUGUGGAGGAGCUGGAGCUGGUUACGCUUCAAGUUUGGCACGAUGUGGUAUUGGUUCAUUUCAUUUGGCUGAUCCUGAUUCGUAUGAGCUUGUGAAUUUUAAUCGUCAAGUUCCUGCAACCGUUCAUACCUUGGGAAGAAAUAAGGCCGUUGCUACUGGAGAAGUGGUGUUAUCCAUUAAUCCUCAUGCUCAUGUAAAAGCGUUUGACCAUGGUAUUGACGAAAAGACCAUUGAUGAAUUUUUAGAAGGUGUCCAUGUUGUAAUGGAUGCCAUUGAUUUAUUUUCUCCCCGAACUCGACGAUUAUUGUAUCAACGUGCCUAUAAGAAAGGUAUUCCUGUAUUCACUGCUGGUCCCUUAGGUCCUUCCUUCGAUGAAUUUUGUGGCUUCACCGAAGACAUGAACGACGAAGAAUUAAUCGUGCGACAUGUUGUCUCCACAGCUCCAAGUGGUACACACUUGAAGUACAUGAAACCAAAAAGUAUUGACUUUUCGAAACAUGAAGCUCCUUCCUUAGGUUCAACAUGUUCCAUGUUGCAUGGCAUGUUAUCAAAUGAAGUCUUGAUUUACAUCACCAAGAGACGAGAAGUGAAAGGAGUUCCGUAUUAUUUCCAGUUCGAUAGUUUGACUUUACAAUUUAAACAAGGGUAUUUGAGAUGGGGAAAUGCAAGUCCCCUCCAACGAAUUAAAAUAUGGUAUGUGAAGAGAAUUUUGGAGAAGGGAAAGAAAGAGAGAGAAGCAGAAAAGAAAGCAUUAGAACUGCAACAAACGAAAUAA